AUGGCCUCGCCCAGGCCGGGAGCAGCGCCGGGCUCUCCUGCCGCCGAGACCGAGAAGGAGCCGCCGGCGCCGCGGGGCUCCGAGGAGGCGGAGGGCUUCCUCCGAUGGGGCUGCCGGGCGUCGUCGGGGCACCGACCGAUCUUCUGCAGCCGCCUGCAGCAGCCGCUUUGCCCCGGCUGGCUGAAGCCCGAGCGGAGCGGCCAAGCCGGGCUGGUGGACCGGGGGAUCCUGGAGCGGCUCCUGGCCGCGCAGUCCCCGGAGAUGGCGGGCUGGCUGCGGGGGUGCCGGGCGGAGAGCGUCGCCCAGGAGGGGACCCCGACCGAGAGAUCCCUGCUCAGCCGGGCCUGGGAGGAGCGGAGGCGGCGGCAGGGCUCCGUAUCCUUUGAGGAGGUGGCUGUGUAUUUCACGGAAGAAGAGUGGGCUCUGCUGGAUUCUAGCCAGAGAGCCUUACACAGAGAAGUCAUGCUGGAGAAUUCUAGGAAUGUGGCCAUUCUGGGUUUUGGGCAGGAGCAGGAGAAUUACCAGGAGCCCAACCUAGCGCUAUUCCAGUUUGAAGAAAAGAUGUUUGGAAUCAAGGGGGUACUUCAAAAAACUUCGAAAAACUGCCUAAAGAGUGGAAGGAAGAAGUCUUCUCCUUCUGAUCACAAUGAAGUCCUUGGCCUCCCAAGCCACCAACUUCAGCACCGAGAAGAAGUUGGAAAAUAUCUUGGAUGUGACAAGACAGACAAAGCAAAAUUUGUUUUCAGUGAAUAUUAUACAAACCAGCCUGAAAAGGAACAAUAUGAAUAUCAAGAAUAUGGGGAAAGUAUCAGCCUUAGCUCUUCUCUUGUUUUACAUCACCCAUCAUACAUCCCGGAGACUCCAUAUGCACUUAUAAAUUGUGUCGAAAAAUUCACGUUGAACAAUCAUUUUAUGUCGCAUAAAAAGGAGAACCCGUAUGAGUGUGAAAAGAGUUUUAGCCAGAAACAAUUGCUUAUUUUACCCCCAGAAAAUCCCCCAAUGGAAAAACAGUAUAAAUGUCUGGAGUGUGGAAAAACCUUCAGUCACAGAUGUAAACUUACUGUCCAUGAACGGACCCACACCGGGGAGAAACCAUAUAUAUGCCUGGUGUGUGGAAAAAAAUUCAGUCAGACUGGUCACCUUACCAGACAUCAACGAACCCACACUGGGGAGAAACCGUAUUCGUGUCUUCACUGUGGAAGGAAGUUCAGUGGAAGUUCAAACCUUAUCAAACAUGUAAGGAGCCACACGGGGGAGAAACCAUAUAAAUGUACAGAGUGUGAUAAGAGCUUCAGUCGGAAAACUACUUUUAUUUACCAUAAAAGGAUCCACACAGGAGAAAAACCAUACAAGUGCCUGGAGUGUGGAAAGUGUUUCGGGCGGAACAGUAGCCUUAUGCAACACAAAAGAACUCACACAGGGGAGAAACCGUAUCAGUGCCUGGUGUGUGGAAAGAGUUUUAGUGGCUCCUCAGAUCUUAUGUACCAUAAGAGGAUUCACACAGGGGAGAGUCCGUAUAAAUGCCUGGAGUGCGGAAAGCGAUUCAGUAGGAGAAGUCGCCUCACAGCUCACAAAAGAAAGCACACGGGACAGAAACCGUAUAUAUGCCUGGUGUGUGGAAGGAGAUUCAGUCAGAGUGGUCACCUUACAAGACAUAAAAGAACUCACACUGGGGAGAAACCAUAUCCUUGCCUGAAGUGUGGAAGGAACUUCAGUGGAAGAUCUAGCCUGGUGAUACAUGUAAGAAUCCACACGGGGGAGAAGCCAUAUAAAUGUACCGAGUGUGGGCGAUGCUUCCGUCAGAGAACGACCUAUAUUUACCAUCGAAGGAUCCACACAGGAGAAAAACCACACAAAUGCCUGGAGUGCGGGAAGAACUUCAGGCGAAACUGUCACCUUAAGAAACACGAAAGAAUGCACACCGGUGAGAAACCCUACAAGUGCUUCGAGUGUGGAAAGAACUUCAGUGUUCGCUCAGAUCUGAAUUGUCACAGAAGGAUCCAUACAGGGGAGAAACCUUAUAAGUGUUCGGAAUGUGGAAAGAGUUUCAAAUGCCUGAGUCAUUUUAUUUGCCAUAAAAGGAUUCAUACGGGGGAGAAACCAUUCAAAUGCUCCGAGUGUGGAAAGGGCUUCAGUCAGAAAAAUCACCUUUCACAACACACAAGAAUCCACACAAGAGAGAAACCAUAA